CGACCUCCUGCCGGAGAAGAAAACGGCUCUAAAGCGAGGCGAGGAGCGGAACUGAACGUAGAAACUCACCGGCACCGGACUCGGUUUCCACCUCAGAGCCUCCUUACACGAGAGAAAGAUUAAAAACCCUGCCUCCAGUCUCUGAGUGAACGGGUUUUAUUAUCAGCUGGUUUUUAACCAACAAGAAACGCAGAUGGACUCUAGAAACAACUCUGAAGAGAAACCUGUCCAAAGAUCUAAGUCCUUCAGCUUCAAAACGCAGAAGGAGGUGUGUUCAUCAUGUGAGAAGACGGUCUACCCAAUGGAGAGAUUGGUCGCCAACAACCUGGUAUUCCAUUCAGCAUGCUUCUGCUGCAAGCACUGCAAAGCCAAACUCAGCCUCGGCACGUUUGCAGCCCUUCAAGGUGAAUUUUACUGCAAACCCCACUUCCAGCAGCUUUUCAAGAGCAAAGGCAACUACGACGAGGGUUUUGGACGCAAGCAGCACAAAGAGCUGUGGAGUGCCAAGGAGUCAGAUACAAUAACAAAGUCGCCGUAGUGGUGUUUGCUGGUGUCCUGUCUGACAUCUGUCUCUUCCUUUGGCUCCUCCAGCAUUCAUAUGGGUAAACACAGCGUUGUGAUGCUGGGGCAGAGUUAAAUCACCCGCAUACUCACAAGCUUUUUAAAUGACAACAAAACAAACACACACACAAUCGGCUUGGAAACGAUGGGCCAAUCUACUGAAAAAUUAAAGGUACUCUACUUUCAAGUUUGCUGUUUUGGAUUUGAUAGUUGAUCGUGACCAAAAGCCUCCCCUUCUACAGGAAAUUUAUCAAAAAUAUAGAGUCAUCGAAGUAUUUUGCACCAUUUUUCUUUUUGUCAUAUGUUCUCUGUGACGCUCAAACAUUGCAGUUCAGUGCUUGCAGUAGAGCAUGCACUCAGGUCAGAUUUACCGAUCAGACCAUUUAACCUUUUGAUUUUUUUUUGACCAUCAUCAUCGUCAUCGUUGUCUUCCUCCGCUUAUCCGGGUCCGGGUCGCGGGGGCAGCAUCCCAACCAGGGAGCUACAGACCAUCCUCUCCCCGGCCUUCUCCAACAGCUCCUCCGGCAGGACCCCAAGGCAUUCCCGGACCAGAUUGGAGAUGUAACCUCUCCAGCGUGUCCUGGGUCGACCCGGGGGCCUCCUGCCGGCAGGACAUGCCCGAAACACCUCCCCGGGGAGGCGUCCAGGAGGCAUCCUGACCAGAUGCCCAAACCACCUCAACUGACUCCUUUCGAUCCGGAGGAGCAGCGGUUCUACUCCGAGUCCCUCCCGAAUGUCCGAGCCCCUCACCCUAUCUCUAAGGCUGAGCCCGGCCACCCUACGGAGGAAACUCAUUUCGGCCGCUUGUGUCCACGAUCUCGUUCUUUCGGUCAUUACCCAAAGUUCAUGACCAUAGGUGAGGAUUGGGACGUAGAUCGACCGGUCGAUCUACGUCCCACCAUCAUCAUUAAAUUCAAAUAAUGAUUUUCAGUAAUGCGCCAGUCUGCUUUCAUUUAAUGAACAAACAGUACUUAGUACUGUAGUAACCACAUCGGCAACAGCUCACCUCGUCUUUUUCAUUUGAAUCAUUCCAUCGUUAUUUCAGCGACCACUUCCUGUCUUAUCCUUGCACGUUCGAGUGACUGAAUCAGAACAGCCUUAUUUUAUGACUGCAUUGAUCUCUUGAGUUGUGACUAGUUUCAUGACAUAGCAACCAUCUUCUCAAAGAGCAGAUCCAAAAAUGCUUCUCUCCGGGCUUUUUCAGUUGAGAUUGUGUUUCGUAAACUAUCUGUACAUAGAGCUGUGGUUUGUGACUGCCCACCAUUACCCACCUUGCUGUACUCUCACUUUGCACACACUGAUAAUAUUAUCAGAAAAGAUGCUGAAAAUCAAAUAGAGGGUUUGUGUUUGGUCUAAUAACGUGGAUUUGGUUGAAGGAAUAGUUUUAAAAUCCAUUCGGCUGUUAACGAUAAAAGACCAGCGUAACCAUUUUUCUUUGUUUUUUGAGCAUGUUAGCUUUUGGUGUCUUGUGGUGGUUUGUGUGAGUUUUCAGUCAUUCAGGUUCAUCUUGAAGGAAUAAUUCUGAGCUUUUGAAUCAUGCGUCUGUGAAAAGGGUUUAAGUAUCUUACCUAGUGUUUUGAUUUACAUCAAUUUGGAGAAACAGAGAUUAGCUGUGAGUUCAUAGCGGGUCUGGCUAGAGUCAGUUAAUCAUCUUAAAUGGACUUAUGUGAUGAAUUUCAUAUAUGUUCAUGCAAACAUUGUGUAAAACAGUUUUGCAUUUCUAAUACAGUGGUCUCUUGUUUAUCACGGGGGUUAUAUUCUAAAAAUAACCCGCAAUAGGCGAAAUCCGCAAAGUAGCCAGCUUUAUUAAUUGAAAUUAUUAUAGAUGUUUUAAGGCUGUAGAACCCCUCGCUACAACCUUUUAUACACUUUUUCACUCUCUUGUUUAAACACUUUCAAUGCGCUGUUAAAAAAAACGUGCAAAAACCUGCCAAACGUAAGAUUUAUUUUCAGGAGGGUUUAUUAGUUUUCCUUUAACUAAUAAUCAAAGUGAGCUGUGCGAACGCCUGUAUGGGCUGCCAAAAUGUUUUCCUCCACAAAAACAUCACGAGAACACAAAAUGCUGAUUGUAUUACAGCCAUAGCAGCACCAUAAAACAAAAAUCUUCCAGAUGCACCGCGACACACAUCUGGUUCGGUUCCAGCGAUCCACUCCUCUCCUGCUCCUGCGCAGCUAUCACUGUAACCUUUAAAACCAGGAGAGACCUUGGAUGUGUCCUCCCCAAGCAAAGGCUUUCCAGAUGGUCACAUCUAAUGCUUUUCCUCCCAGCUGGAAUUGUUCAGCUGUCAUCAGCAUAUAUGGUUACUAGAGAUGUGAAUCUUAGAGCAACUCACAAUUUGAUUCGAUUCAGAUUCUCGGGGUGCCGAUUCAAUUCAGAACCGAUUCUCAAAUUAAAUCGAUUCACAAUCAGUAUUAACAAAGAGUGUCAGCUCCAGGAUGAACUACUUUGUUGUACGAGUUAGUUAAAGCUAUGGGACAUUUUUAUUUGACUUUAAACUGGUCGUGCUCCAAAAAUGCUAAUUUACUAUGUAAAAUAAAGCGAUUCUAAAACUGUAAACAGAAACAAUCUUUUGACCAAAAGGCAACAUUUAUUUUUGCUUACCUUGUAAAAUAUAACAAAUCUGUAGUUACCUAACAGUAGCUUUGAAAGUAAUAUGGUCAAAUACUUUUCAAGUAUGUGUAGAAACAAGUUACAUGAGUAAUCCUGAGUACUCAUUUAUAAACUUAGAAAAUAAAUAUGAGAAUAUUUCAAAUUUCUGAGUAUGGAAAAAAUUACAU